CACGUCACCAAUGUCAACACUCUCAUACUCUUAGUUAAUUGAAGCUAUCCUUCCAUCAAAGUUAUGCUAGCUGUGAUAUUCGAUUGCAUACAUUCACUGUUACAUUUCGUUCCUGUACAGCUGCAUGAGAAGAGACCCACCUUGCCGCAUGGAAAGAGAUUCAUUCACAGAGGGAGCUCGAUCCUGAGUUCGAUUUACGUUAUCUGAAGCUGUGAGGCUACGAGAACAAUACAAAUCGGGAAGCUCGAGUACGAUUCGAGAACAUUUGGAGCCUGGCAGAGCGUGCCGUCAGACACGGUGUUGACUUCCGCUCUAGAGUCUCUUGGAGAGGAAGUCCUCUUUCCCAGAGAGAUUGGCAAAUACGUAGAGCUUGCGUAGAGACAGGAUACCAACACGGAAAGGAAACAAGUAGAGUACGAAUGGAAGGUGUAAAAACUCAAACAAGAAACACAAGAAAUGGGAAGGAGAUGCUGUUCUUAUUGUUGAAUCCAGGACAGCAACAUUGAAAGACACUGAAGGGAAAGAGUUAUCUCGGUCUACUGGUUUCAGGUACAGUGAUCUUAGUGGAUUGGAAGAAGGAUCUACUCUAAUCAUUGGAAGCAAAGAAAUUGAGGUAAUGCAGAAACUGUCUGCAGAGGACUAUAUGACUGGCAAGUGUUUUGUCACAGGGAGAUUGACAGAGUCAACAAAGCUAGUGUCUGCAGCUGCCAAACUAAAGCAACCACCGAAACCCUUUACGAUAAGAAAAGGUGAUCCCAGCAAAGCAGCCGAAAUUGCUGCAAACAGAGAACCUCAACUUGUGACUUCCAGACAUGAUCCAAAGGCUGUGGGUGCCUUAGUCAUGCCUCGUCCAAGUCAUGCUCACCAGUGGGAGUUCAACAAAAAAGGUUUGCUCCUUGUUGACGUGGUCGUUGAUCCUCAUUUGUCAAAUCAACUGAGAUCUCAUCAACGUGAUGGAACUGUCUUUCUCUAUGAGUGUAUAAUGAGUAUGAGGCCUUUCUCGGGACAAGGAGCCAUUCUAGCUGAUGAAAUGGGGUUGGGGAAGACACUUCAGUGCAUCACUUUGUUGUGGACUCUAAUGAAGCAAGGUCCCUAUGGCGGACGUCCUGUAGUGAAGAAGGCUGUCAUCAUUACUCCAAGUAGUCUUGUCAAGAACUGGCAGCAAGAGUUUCGUAAAUGGCUCGGUUCUGAAAGGUUGCACGUCUUUGCUGUUACUUCAGACAGAAGAGUUGAGGAGUUCAGUCAUUGUCUUUCACCGGUAAUGAUUCUAAGCUACGAGAUGUUUUUGCGCUGUCAUGAACGAAUUCGAGACAUGCGUUUUGAUUUGAUUAUCUGCGACGAAGGACAUCGAUUGAAAAACGCUUGCAGGAAAACUUCAUCUGCUAUUAUGGAGCUGCCGGCACGAAGAAGGAUUGUACUGACGGGUACUCCUAUCCAGAAUGACUUGCAAGAAUUCUUCGGAAUUGUCGACUUCUGCAAUCCGGGAAUUUUAGGAACUAUCGCUGCUUUUCGCAAGGUUUACGAAGAACCGAUUAUUAUGUCCCGGCAGCCAAAUUGUGUAGCGGAGGAUAAAGCGUUAGGUGAAUGCCGAGCGACGGAGCUAGCGCGUCUUACAUCUUUGUUUUGCUUGCGUCGGACUCAAGAAGUAAUUCAGCGGUACCUUCCUCCCAAAGUGGAAAGCAUUGUUUUUUGUCGGCCGUCGUCUGUUCAGCUUUCGCUAUAUCUGAAGUUUCUUGAGACUCGGCUUGUUAGGAGUUGUUUGUCCGAUUGGUCUCUAGAGAGAGAUGGAGGAACGCAACAUCUUCUCUGCAUAGGAGCGCUGAAGAAGCUGUGCAACAGCCCCCAUCUUUUCGUGAAACCUCUAGCAGCCAAACGUGAUGGAGACGAAAUGCCUGCAACUGGUUACAAUGAAUUUCAGGAAGUGACUGCUCAUUACCAGCUGCAUGAGGAUACCGUAAUAGAAGAUUCUGGUAAGCUUCAUGUGGUUGUAAAGAUGCUAAAGAGUCUCAGACAGCGAGGAAACGAACGAGUUGUGCUGGUCUCGAACUACACCAAAACACUAGACUUGUUACAGCGGGUGUGUGAGAGCUUGCAAUACGAAUUUCUCAGACUCGACGGAUCUACACCAUCUAAUAAACGAAUGCCCAUUGUUGAUCAUUUUAACAAGAAGCUUGGCAAUGAUUUUGUGUUCUUGCUCAGCUCAAAAGCUGGCGGUGUUGGUUUAAAUUUAGUGGGUGCUUCCUAUCUUAUACUGUAUGACAUAGACUGGAAUCCAGCUAAUGAUCUUCAGGUCAUGGCUCGAGUGUGGAGAGACGGUCAGAAGAAUACUGUACAUAUCUAUCGCUUACUUACUACAGGUACAAUAGAGGAAAAGAUGUUUCAACGUCAGUUGAUGAAGCAAGGCCUCAGCGGUACCGUCAUGGAUACCCAGAAUAAAACGGCUAAACCGCAGUUCAGUUUAGAAGAACUUAGGGAUCUGUUCAGUUUGAGAGAGAACACACUUUGUGAUACAUAUGACCUGAUUUGUGGACGUGUGCGUAGCAAAGUUGUAGUCAUGGAAGGUGAAGGUACAUGUACCAAGGAUCAGUCAGUCAACGCUCUUUCCGCCUUGAGACCCUGUCAGCUGGCCAUCAGUGAUGACAUAUCGUCUCUAGAGCUCACCAAGACUAAUAACCCUGUGACUGAGUUGCUCAACUGGCGUAAAGUUAGUUCUCCACAGAAUGAGUUAGAAAUAGAGGAUCAAGUGCUCUCAUCUUGUAGCAACAUAACGUUUGUGUUUCAAAACGUGACAUAAUUGAUGUUUAGAUAGACGUAGGUGAUAUCUGUUCUUCUGGAUAGCACAAAUGCUUGGACACAACUGUAGAGUAGAUACACCUA